AUGAUAUCGUUUUCUAAUUUGAUAAAGGCGUUGAGGCAAGUGUUCAUGCUGGUGCCCUUCUUCAAGUCUGUGUGCGUUUAUUUCAUGGCUGUUGGCGGCGCACCGUCGCUCUCAAUCGCGGCGAUCAAGUGCACGCCCGUGCUGUUCCUGCUGCUGUGCGUAAUGGUACGGGCGUACGACGCACCGCACCCACAGUGCGAGUAUGCGCGGCGCGUGGCGACGGGGCUGGCGCUAUCGGUGGUGGGCGACGCGCUGCUGGUGUGGCCGCAGCACCUGGUGGAGGGCAUGGGCGCGUUCGCGGCGGCGCACGUAGCCUACAUCCGCGCCUUCGGGCUGCAGCCGACCGCCGCGCGCGCCGGCGCCACGCUGUACGCCGGCGCGCUGUUGUACGUGCGCGCCGUGCCCGCGCCGGGCGAACUGUCCGUGCUCGUGCCCGCCUACGCGCUGCUGCUGGUCACCAUGGCAUGGCGCGGCGCCGCCUCCGCCGGCUACCAGCGCUACGGCGCACUGCUCUUUCUGCUCUCCGACGCCAUCCUCGGCUACAGCCUCUUCGCCGGCUCGGUGCCCUACACGCACACGCUGGUGAUGUCGACGUACUACCUGGGACAGCUCGGCAUCGCGGUCAGCGCGCUGAAGCCGCGCGCGCGC